AAUCCAGGCGCAGAAAUGUUGCUCCACCCCUGUUUGAUUGCAAGCGCGCUCCCGCGAAUGGGGACACGAUCCCAGUCGAGGAAACCUACUUUUGCUCGACACCGGCACCGCACCUGCAGCACAGUGACGCCAGCUUCGCCAUCUGGCGGUGUGCUUGGAGAACUGCAGCGCUCUCUCCUGAGGAAAACACAGGAGAUCACCCUCCUCCUCCUCUCUGCGGUGCUCAGUGGAGAAGAGCGUCCAUGUCCGAGCUGAUCUGACACAGCGAGAAGGAAGAGGAGGAGAGGGCGCAGUCGAUGAGACAGAGGACCGAGGAGGAGAGAAACGAGACAUAACCCCCACUCCCUAACCCCCGCUGCCGAGAGGAAGGACAUCGCUCGCCUCGGCUCGGUGCAACCGCGAAGAUGGGGAACCGGGGAAUGGAGGAUCUGAUUCCUCUGGUGAAUCGCAUGCAGGAUGCCUUCUCCGCCAUCGGCCAGAAUUCGAACCUGGACCUGCCGCAGAUCGCCGUGGUGGGCGGGCAGAGCGCAGGGAAGAGCUCGGUGCUGGAGAACUUCGUGGGGAAGGAUUUCCUUCCCCGUGGUUCUGGCAUUGUGACCCGUCGUCCUUUGGUUCUGCAGCUGAUGACCUGUCCCACAGAGUACGCAGAGUUUCUUCACUGUAAGGGCAAAAAGUUCGUAGAUUUCGAUGAGGUCCGACAGGAGAUUGAGGCGGAGACUGAUCGCAUGACCGGGGCCAACAAGGGCAUCUCCCCUGUGCCCAUCAACCUGCGAGUCUACUCCCCUCACGUGCUCAACCUGACGCUGGUGGACCUGCCAGGGAUGACCAAGGUGCCCGUGGGCGACCAACCUGCAGACAUCGAGGCCCAGAUCAGAGAGAUGCUGAUGCAGUUUGUCACCAAGGAGAACUGCCUGAUGCUGGCCGUCUCCCCGGCCAACUCCGAUCUGGCAAACUCUGACGCUUUAAAGAUUGCCAAAGAGGUCGACCCUCAGGGUAUGAGGACCAUUGGUGUGAUCACCAAGCUGGACCUGAUGGACGAGGGGACGGACGCUAAAGACAUCCUGGAGAACAAACUGCUUCCACUCAGAAGGGGAUACGUUGGCGUGGUGAACAGGAGCCAGAAGGACAUAGAUGGGAGGAAAGACAUUACUGCCGCUAUGGCCGCCGAGAGGAAGUUCUUUAUGUCCCACCCCUCGUACAGACACCUGUCAGACCGCAUGGGCACCUCCUACCUCCAGAAACUCCUCAAUCAGCAACUGACCAACCACAUCCGCGACACCCUGCCGGGGCUGCGAGCCAAGCUGCAGAGUCAGCUCCUGUCCAUCGAGAAGGAGGUGGAGGAGUACAAGAACUUCCGACCCGACGACCCCUCUCGCAAGACCAAGGCUCUGCUCCAGAUGGUGCAGCAGUUCUCUGUGGAUUUCGAGAAGUGCAUAGAGGGCUCUGGCGACCAGAUUGACACGGCGGAGCUGUCAGGGGGCGCGAGGAUCAAUCGCAUCUUCCAUGAACGCUUCCCGUUUGAACUGGUCAAGAUGGAGUUCAACGAGAAGGAGCUGAGGAAGGAGAUCAGCUACGCCAUCAAGAACAUUCACGGCAUCAGAACUGGCCUCUUCACCCCGGACAUGGCCUUUGAGACCAUUGUGAAAAGGCAGAUUGGGAAGAUUAAAGAGCCGUGCACCAAAUGUGUGGACAUGGUCAUUUCUGAGCUAGUCAAUACGGUUAGGCAGUGUACCAAGAAGCUGGCUCAGUAUCCCCAACUACGAGAGGAGAUGGAGAGAAUUGUCACGCAGCACAUCAGGGACCGGGAAAGCCGCACUAAGAACCAGGUGCUGCUGUUGAUAGACAUCGAGUUGUCCUACAUGAACACCAACCAUGAGGACUUUAUUGGAUUUGCCAACGCUCAACCGAGGAACAUCCAAAUGAACAAGAAGAAGGCGGCCGGCAACCAGGAUGAAAUCAUGCCCGAGAGAGGAGUUAGCGAUCGGUUCAAGGUGAUCAGGAAGGGCUGGCUGACCAUCAACAACAUCGGCAUCAUGAAGGGAGGAGCCAAGGAGUACUGGUUCGUCCUCACCGCCGAGUCUCUGUCCUGGUAUAAGGACGAUGAGGAGAAAGAGAAGAAGUACAUGCUGCAGGUGGACAACCUACGGCUGCGCGAUGUGGAGAAAAGCUUCAUGUCCAGCAAGCAAAUCUUUGCCCUCUUCAACACCGAGCAGAGGAACGUUUAUAAGGAUUACCGUCAGCUGGAGCUGGCCUGUGAGAGUCAGGAGGAUAUCGAUGCUUGGAAGGCCUCGUUCCUUCGAGCCGGAGUUUAUCCUGAACGGGUCACGGACAAGGAAGGAAAGAGUGACGGUGGCGAAGACAGCGUCUCCGACAGCUUCGUGCACAGCAUGGAUCCUCAGCUGGAGCGGCAGGUGGAGACCAUUCGUAACCUGGUGGACUCCUACAUGGCCAUCGUCAGCAAGACCGUCCGCGACCUGAUGCCCAAGACCAUCAUGCACCUCAUGAUUAACAAUACGAAGGAGUACAUCAACGCCGACCUGCUGGCCCAGCUGUACUCGUGCGGCGACCAGAACUCGCUGAUGGAGGAGUCUCAGGAACAGGCCACGCACCGGGACGAGAUGCUGCGGAUGUACCACGCCCUGCGGGAGGCGCUGGGCAUCAUCGGCGACAUCAGCACGUCAACCGUGACCACCGCCAUGCCGCCGCCCGUGGAUGAUUCCUGGCUGCAGGUGCAACGGGCCAACUCCGGAGGGAGGUCUCCGGCCACCAGCCCACUUCCAAACCGCAGAGCUCCGCCGGGUCCCCCCGGCCGCCCCGGCUCUCGUGGGCCUCCGCCCGGGCCUCCUCCUGCCGGGGGACCCCCUGUCCCGUCUCGGCCCGGAGCUUCUCCGGACCCCUACAGUGGGCCGCCACCCUCCGUGCCCUCCAGGCCUAACCGCGGCCCCCCAAAUGUGCCCAGUCGGAGACCCCCGCCCUCUCCAACCCACUAGCCAUCCAAGUUCUUCCCUCCCCGCUCUGCCCGUCCCUCCUCUGGGAUGAGAGUCCACGGACAACAGCGCCACCUUCCUGUCUUUUUUCCACCUCACUUGACCUCGGCCGGCUCCCUUCGCCUGCAUCUAGUCCUCCCUUACAACAAGCUGUCUCUCUCCCUCCCUCUCUCUCUCUCUCUCUCUCUCUCUCUCUCUCUCUCUCUCUCUCUCCCUCUGUGCCACACAGAGAUGCAGAAUACUUGAAAACACAGCUGCAUGACCGAAACCCCAACUCCCUCAGUUUAGAUGAACUAUGUAGAGAAUAUGAAAUACCUGAUAAGACAAAGUGUGUGCCUAUAUGCAUGCACACCUGCUUACAUAAAUACACACAAAUAUUUAUAUAUAUAUACAAGCAAACACAAAACAUAUUCCUCCUCCUUUUAAACCUGACGGAGGAGACUUUACAAAUCGAGCAUGAAACUCUGCCUGAGUAUUACACUCCAGCAUUUGAAAUGGGGAUUCUGGCUGCUGACUUCUUUCUCUCUUUUUAACAUUUGUUUUAUCCUUUUAAGUUUUAUUUUAUGAUUCAUUAUCUUAUUUUAAAUAAAGGAAUAAUUCAAACUAAAACGUUUCUUUCACAAGAGAAGAGAAAGAUCUUUUUUUUUGUAAUUUGCCUCUUGAGAAUAAAGUUGACAUGUUAAGAUUUAACCUUUGAUAUCAUCUGGACAUUUCCAAUUUAUUCUCAAUAUGUAAAUGGAAAAAAAAGGUUUUAGUGAAGAAUUUCUUUAAGAAAUGUUGCAUAAAAGUGUUUUUCUUUUCAUCUCUACCAGUUGUAUUCAGGCUCUGAUCUGUAAAAGUGCUCCCCCUAAAGAUCACAGGCGAGGACACACUUUUCAGAAAACUAAACAUCCAUAGUGAGGAAUAGAAAAUAGAGAGGAGAGGUCCCGUUUAUAAAUUCAGUGUUUAUCUUUUUUUUUUAGUAUUGAGUUUAUUCUGAGCUGCAGAUAAACAGACUGCCUCCUCACCUUAAUGAUUUCAGGAGUUUCAUCAUGUUCCAUCCUGUUUUUUCUCUAUUUCUACUCUUUCCAUCGAAACAGCCGGGCCAAACAAGAGCGGGCCCUCUCGCCCCGAGAGCCCCCUGCCGCCUCCUGCCUCUUAGAGGAAGCCUCCUCUCCUCUCUUUCACCUCCUCUCCCCUAAAACUCCCAUAACCUGACUGCCCACCCACUCACUCACUCACUCACUCACUCGAUCGAGGAGGGCGUGAAGGAAAUCAAGGAUGAGCUGCAGACUCCUCACCCUCAGAUAUCUGCACAGAUAGGGUGCUUCUGCUCUUCAUCCUUGCUUUCCCUCCUCCUCCUCUUCUUGUCCUUGCUGUUGGACAGGAGGAGCGACCAUGUGAGGGACUCUCUGGGCUGUUUGCCUCCAGAAAGCCUCAACAUCCGUAGAUUUACCCUGGUUUUCUCCAGUAGUCGAAUCACUUUGAGUGCAAAUGAGCGUGCAUGUGUGUGACAACCACCUCUGAAAACACUGUUGUCUGUGCUUCCACAGAAACUAUGCAACAAACAAACUUUGUUUGGUUUCCCAAUUUAUUUAUUUUUUUACUUCCUGGUGCCACUUUUCCCUCUUUCCUCCUCCAAUCUUCACACAAACUUUACGUUAUCUUAUGGAGGCUGGAUCUAAAUAAAAAGUGCAAUAUAUAAAAAGACUAUAUAGGACGUGUUCGUGCAGACAGCCUGCAUGUCACCAUUCAAAUCAAAGCAAGAGAAAAUGUCUAACUGGGAGGAAGGGGAUCUGUGGCCUGGGUUGCAGCCUGAGCUCCUUGUUUUUUUUAAUUUAUUUUUUCCGAGGGAAAUCUGGUUUCUGUGUGUUUUUAAGUGAACUGCAUCGAAUCAUUCGCGAUGAUAACCUUCCAUUUCUUUUCUGCUUCUUUUUUUUUGUUCUUUCCUUUCCUUCCCUCUCUCAGUGGUCACGGGGGUGAGUGAGAACACACAGCCACAGUCUAUGCAUAGAACUAUCAAGCGCUCCUUCUGUUUCUCCCUGUGAGUCGAACCCAUCUUUUCAACUCACUGCACCCCCCCCCCCCCCCCACCCCUCUUCUACUACUGAACUCAGUGUGAUGUGUUGUAUUUUUGAUUCGUGACAGAAACCGACAAAACCACCAGCCACGACUAAGCCCCCCCCCCCCCAGCCUCUGUACCUCCAUUGAUGUAAAAUAAAACUUGUGCAUCCCGGUCCUCCACGACUGCAAAGCAAAACAAAGCAUAUUCUACCAAUGCUUUAACAGUGAAUAGUUUAUUAUGAACAUAUCUUAUUAACGCGUUAUUCUGUGUAUGUGUGGUGCAUCUUAUGGGACAUGUACUUCUACUGUCUAGAGAGUUUAGUCUGCAGUGUAUUUGCUGAGUAUUUAAAUUAUUAUGAACAAAUGAGUAUCUGUAUAAGGAAAUAUUUAAAAAAAAGUUACAAAAAAUGUAUAACACAGUGAUGUAUAUUGACGUGUGCAGGCAGGUUUGAUACUGUAGCUCAUAGCAGAGAGGGGGGUUGUUUGUUUUUCUUGUCUUUCUCUCUCUGUAUGUGUGUAUGUUUGCGUGUGAGUGUGUGUGUGUGUAGAAGAACAGGGAGACGCAGCAUGAGUGUGUGUGAAUUCCUGCAGCAGCUCCAGCUCCUGCGUCUUGUUCAAACUGAUGAUGUUACUCAGCAGGACGUCUGCGCUUUAAUGUCAACACAUUAAAAACCUCAGUGUACUGAAACUCUCA